AUGGUAGAUAAGAAGAAAGCUGAGAUGGUAGAUAAGAAGAAAGCUGAUAUGGUAGAUAAAACGAAAGCUGAGAUGGUAGAUAAGAAGAAAACUGAGAUGGUAGCUAUGACGAAAGCUGAGAUGGUAGCUAUGACGAAAGUUGAGAUGGUAGAUAUGAAGAAAGCUGAGAUGGUAGAUAAGAAGAAAGCUGAGAUGGUAGCUAUGACGACAGCUGAGAUGGUAGCUACGACGAAAGCUGAGAUGGUAGAUAAGAAGAAAACUGAGAUGGUAGCUAUGACAAAAGCUGAGAUGGUAGCUAUGACGAAAGUUGAGAUGGUAGAUAUGAAGAAAGCUGAGAUGGUAGAUAAGAAGAAAACUGAGAUGGUAGCUGAGACGAAAGCUGAGAUGGUAGAUAAGAAGAAAGCUGAGAUUGUAGAUAAGAAGAAAGCUGAGAUGGUAGCUAUGACGACAGCUGAGAUGGUAGCUACGACGAAAGCUGAGAUGGUAGCUAUGACAAAAGCUGAGAUGGUAGAUAAGAAGAAAUCGGAGAUUCUAGUUAAGAAGAAAGCUGAGAUGGUAGCUAUGACAAAAGCUGAGAUGGUAGAUAAGAAGAAAUCUGAGAUGCUAGUUAAGAAGAAAGCUGAGAUGGUAAAUAAGAAGAAAGCUGAGAUGGCAGAUAAGAAGAAAGCUGAGAUGGUAGUUAAGAAGAAAGCUGAGAUGGUAGAUAAGAAGAAAGCUGAGAUGGUAGCUAUGACAAAAGCUGAGAUGGUAGAUAAGAAGAAAUCUGAGAUGCUAGUUAAGAUGAAAGCUGAGAUGGUAAAUAAGAAGAAAGCUGAGAUGGCAGAUAAGAAGAAAGCUGAGAUGGUUGCUAUGACGAAAGCUGAGAUGAUAGAUAAGAAGAAAGCUGAGAUGGUAGAUAAGAAGAAAGCUGUGAUGGUAGAUAAGAAAGCGGAGAUGGUAGAUAAGAAGAAAGCUGAGAGGGUAGAUAAGAAGAAAGCUGAGAUGGUAGCUGAGAUGGGUAUUAAAUUAGGUUCAAGUAAGUGGCGUGUCUUUGUGCCGUGGCAUGUGCCAACUGAACGCUGGGGCAACGCUUUGAUGAAUGUGGUGACACAAUUGGAGAAUGACGUCAGAAAGUAG